UAGUGCGCAGGCGCAACGUGCGGUCAGUUCCGUCCUCGUAGGGGAGGCUGAUUUGAAGUGGAGUUUGAACAGAGAUGCCCGGUGGUGAGGCCUCGUCUACCGAGUUCCUCCCGUCGUUCUUUAUCUUCCUGCGACUAAGCUUGGGGACUGUCGCGCCUCCAGCAUGGCCUGCAGCCUGCAGAAACUAUUUUCUGUGGAGGCGGAUUUUGAAGACGAGGAUUUCUUGUUGGCAGUGAGGGAUGUGGAAAAGCAGGCCUCAGAUCUACCACCUGCCAGCUUUAAAGGUCUGAGGCCCCUCUCAACUGGAGUCCCCAGCAGCACCAUCACACUGGCUAAGGACUCUGGCACCAAAUUCUCUUCUGUAGCUACAUCUCCUGUUGUAAGUGUUGAGGACCAGCCAGGGUUUGGACACAGCAGUUGCCCCAGACAGAUCAAAUGUAACCAGAUAUCUCCUCUGGUGAACAGCUUGAAGAUUCAGAAGGACCAUACAACCUUAACACCUGGAUGCAAAUCAACUGCUAAUUCAGGCAGAAGGUUCAAGUUUGUGAAAAGACAAGCAGCUGUGCUUCCCUCUUGUGAUGUUCCCUGUGAUGAGGAGAUUGACAAUGAGCUUGUACUGGCUGCAUGCAUGGACGUGGAAGAGUCCGGUGUACAGUCAUGUCCAAGGUCUUUUAGGUCUGACUGUGAGACUCGGGAACAGUUGAGGAAUAGCAGUGUGGCAACAGCCAAGAAACCACGAGUGGCAAAUCCAUUAGUAUUGACCAACUCUUUUGGUUCAGAGAACACACCAUUGGAAAAGGCUCAGGAAAAAACUUUCACAGAAGUUAUCAGCCAUCUUCAGCCUGUGGAAACUUCUUCAAAAGUGACUUCGCAGUCCACCACUACAGCAUCAUGUAUGUCCUGGUCUAUCCCAGGAGUGAGUGGCAAUACAGACACUCGUUCAAACUCCAACCGUCAAAUGCUUAAAUCUCUUCAUAUGCCUCUGGGCAAAUCCAUUGCUGAAUGUAACAGUUUGGGUUUUGGGUUGGAUAGAUCAUCAUCUUCCUUCCUAUCUGCAAGUACCCCUCCAAGAACAUCCAAACCAUGGAUGUCCAACCAAAGUGUUUCUGGGCCAGCAAAGCUCAGUAGUGGUGCUCAGCUUCUUACUGCAUAUGGUUCUUCAGGGGUACCUGUGAUGACCUCACCUGCCACCACAAAAGCCUCACUUUCAACUGCAACUGCUGGAAACCUCCAGACACCUGUAGUCACCAACCACCUUGUCCGUUUGGUCACAGCAGCUAACAAGACACCACAACCAGUGUCCCACAUUUCUUUGAGGACAAAGGUUCGCCGCUUCCCUGGACCUGCAGGCCUUUUACCGCACCAACCUGAUGGAAGAAAUUUGGAAGAGAUUCUUGUUACAACUCCACAGACACCAACUCAUGGGGCUCUUGCAAAGUUACAAACUGAGGAACUGUCUGCUUCCCAGCAGCCAACAGAACUGGAAUUUGAAAGAGGACCCUGGGUUGCCAUGAAAACAGAGAUGGGAUUGGAUGAAAGAGACCCAUCCUGCUUCCUUCGGACUUACAGCGUUAUUAUGGUGCUUCGUAAGGCAGCUCUGAAGCAACUCCCAAAGAACAAGGUUCCCAGCAUGGCGGUAAUGAUUAAAUCACUGACGAGGACCAAUGUUGAUGCAGGUGCUGUGCUCAAAGACCCAACUGGGGAAAUUCAGGGCACAAUACAUCGUCUGUUGCUGGAGGAGAAAGAGAGCGAAUUUAAGGCUGGUUCAGUGCUUUUGUUAAAGCAGGUGGGUGUCUUCUCUCCAUCCCAUCGCAACCAUUACCUCAAUGUGACACCCAGUAACCUGGUAAAGAUAUAUCCACCAGGCUAUAACAUUGGGAAGUCUCUUCAGUCGUACCAAGAGAUUAGGGAAAGAAUGGAGAUGGUGCCACCACAGGUUGUGUCAGAAUUCCAGUCAAAUCCUCCUUCAGAUAUCCUAGCUGCCAUGGCUAGAACAGGCUACCACAGAGGAGAAAGCUGUGAGAAGGACAGAAACUACUCCCAGCACACAUCUGAUAAAGGAUCUUCAUUGACACCAGCACCAUCGAUUUCCAGAACAGGAAAAACAGUUUUGAAUGUACCAUCGCCAGAGGCUGAAAAAGUUGAUUCCGAUGAUCUUGAUCAGCUUCUUGGAGAACUACCUGAUGACUUUUUUUCCAACUUGGAUGCGCAGAACAGCUCAUGAUGGUCCUCUGGUGUUAAAAUUAAGGAACAUGGUCUUGAAAUCCAUGAUGUUGACUCCCUUAUAUAUAUAUAUUGCGUGGAGGAGGCAUUGUCUAAAGAAUCUGUAAGACCACUGUAGCAUUAAAAAAAGAAACUCCUCAACAGACCUAAUACAUACCGGAUGUCCUUUAUGUGAUAGGAUGGAAAUUGGAUCUUUUUCCCGAUGGUUUUUUGAUAUAAUGAAUGCUUAGAUGCUUUGUUCUAAAACAUACCUCUUUAAACACCAGAAUAUCUGCAAGGCUUGUUGUGCAUAGUCCCAACAUUAAGUGUCAGCACCAAGUUUGCUUCUACCUGUACAUGCACUUUGAUGGGCUUUUGGAGCAAGCUGUGAUGGCAUUGCCUUCUGAUUAGACGUUCAGUCCUCCUUGGUAUUUAGUCUGGUGCCCUCUUGCAUCUGGGCACUACACUAUUUAUCUUCUAAGUAGUCUUACAGGGUAAAAGGCAGUAGUUAAAAUAUUUUUUAAGAUAUAUGUAGCUGACUGUUUCAUAAAUCAUUAUGAAAAAGAUUUUUGUAAGGGAAAAUUAUUAAAUAUUAAGUUUUAUUUAAUCCUUUA